AUGUUGACUGACUUUGAAGGUGUUGCAAGAAAAAACGAAGUAGGGUUCCGCAUUUGGACUAGCAAAGAGUUCCACCAGUACCAGGUUGUUGGGAGAAAGCUCCCUAUGGCAUCUAAUGAGCACCCCAAGAUUUACCAAAUGAAGCUCUGGGCCACAAAUGAGGUUCACGCCAAGUCCAAGUAUUUUAUGAGGAAGCUGAAGAAGGUCAAGAAGAGCAAUGGCCAAGUGCUUGCCAUUAAUGAGUCAAUGUAUUUUUGGGGUGGGGAAGUGGUUCCUUCUCAACUCUCCUCCUGGCAAAAUCCAAUUUGUUGCCAAAGGGCUCCACCUUUGACCCCAAAGCAUGUGAAGGAGGUUGCGUCAUAG